ACUUUGCAAGAACUCCAUCUGGGAGCAUGUCGAUUGAAACAGUUGCCUGUAAAUCUCUUGCGAGGUCUUAAUCAGCUGCAGAGCUUGUAUAUUUGGGGAAACUUGAUAGAACAUUUUUCAAACGGAUUUUUCUUAAAAGCGAAAAAUCUUCGUGAGCUAGUGAUGUGGGGUAACAGAAUUGAACAUUUGGACAACAACACGCUGGCAGGUCUCUGGAGCUUGAAACGACUCGAGUUGGAUAGAAACAGCAUUGAACAUCUCAGCUCGUUGGCCUUUCGUCAUCUCAUCGAAUUGGAAGUGUUGACGUUAAGUGGCAAUCGAAUAAAAACAAUUCAUAGCGAUACGUUUUCGUUCAUGAGUAGAUUAAAAAUUCUCGUUCUCGAUAAUAACCAACUCAAAAACUUGUUUCCUGGUGCAUUUAACAGUUUGACACAUUUAACUUUAUUGUCGCUAAACAGCAACGAGAUCAAUCACAUGCCCGAAGAAUUGUUUCAGGGAUUAAAAAGUUUAACUCAACUUUGGAUAUCAAAAAACUUGAUUCAUUCGCUCAGAGGUAAUGCAUUUUUAUUUUUAAAAUAUCUGCAAGAUUUAAACUUAUCAAACAAUAAUUUGACCAAUCUACCUGACAAAUUGUUCUGGGCGACAACUCGACUGCGCCAUCUGACGUUUGAUUACAACAAGUUGUCGUCAGUCGCUAGAUGUUUGUUCCCAAAAAAAAUUCGUUUGAAAUCACUUUCGUUGAUAGGAAAUGAAAUAAAA